AUUUAUCUUUAAACUUUCUAAAUGAAUCCGUAUUACUCUUACUAUUCCAUCCCCUCAUAAAACAGUAAGCAUCUAAACAUUAACUUAAUAGACUAUUGGCAAUAUUACUAAAAUUACUUAGUCCCAUAAUGGUACUAGAUGAAUAAUUAGUAAGUUUAGAACAAUUAAUGUCAAGUGGGAUGCUAAAACGAGCCAUAAUUAGAUUUAAACAAGAAUUAAUCAAAUCAUUUUCAAAUUCCUUCCAAUAACGAUGCGAAUAAUUUUUAAAGCUUGGACAGAGUGAAGACUUAGAAUAAUAUUGAGAAGACAGAUUUGUUCGAGGAUCUGGAUUUAAAGAAAAAGGUGAAAAAAUAAAGAGGUAUGUUUAUUCAUAUGAAAUUUAGGUCACUGGACUAACGAGGAACACUAUAAAUUCUUGUAAUUUGUGAGGCUUCACAGCGAUCUCUUCAAGACGACUGUUCAUAAGAAGUUAAAUCGCGUUUUUAAAAUGAUGGCGGAGGAAAUUUAAACCAGAAAUGCUUGUUAAUGUAGAUCUCAUUUCUCUAAAUUUAAUCCAUUUAUUGAAACAGUAAUAUAAUUUCACAUAUUCGUAGAACAUCCUGAGAAGAAAAUUGUGUAAUGACGAAUAAGUCUAUGAAAAAAUGUUUGAAAAUAAAAACAAACUUGAUGUGUAAUGAAAUGUUUAAAAAAAUCAUAAUUUAUAGAAAAUAAUUAUAUAUUAUAUAAAUUAUUAAAAAUAUAUAAAGUAGCAAAACAUAUGUCAUAACUUCUUAAUAAGAUGGUAUCAUAUGCUGUUUCUAUGGUAGUUUCGAAACACAAGUCAAAGUGAAUUCAAAGUGCCAAGUAUUAUUUCAUGAUAAUUUCAUGAGCAAAGUAAAGCGUUGCCUGACGACUUCGCCUCUUAGAUCUUAAGCAACGACAUCGUUUUAGUGCUCAGCAAUUACACCAACAAUGAAGCUCUGAAAAAUUUGAUUUAAUUGUACAUGGUAAUAAUCUACUCUUAACCUAAUAGUAAGGAGUCGAGUAUUAUAAGGAAUGCGAGGAUCGAGCACAUGAAUACUUCGAAAUAAAGUUGAAAAAUAUAUUUACGAACCCAUCAAUUUUACAGCCUUCGGAAUAACCCAAACAAAGUACACCUCCAGAAAAGAAAAAAAUUGAAGUGCCCACAAUAAAUGUAGUAUAGGCUUCAUAUUCAUUUAUGAACAAACCCAAGACUUCUAAAAAGCCAGAUAACAAUAUACUUUCAUUUAGCUUUCAAGAACCCGUGGUUGAUAAGUUUUUUCAAUGUGGCUCCACAAUCAACAAGAAUCAAAAUAGCUAAAGCUUUUGUAAGAUAAUAAAAAAUACAGAGAGCAGUCACAGUGAGGAGGAAGAGGAGGAGGAAAACACUCAUUAAAAAAACAUGAUAGAAUAAGAGAAGGAGGAGAAAAUCAAAGAGAUUCAAAAUUAGGUUAUUGAAGAAUAAAUCAUAAUUCAAACUGAAGGCAGGGCAAAAGAAAUAGCAAUCCAAUUUAAAAAGUAGGAGAGGCGAAUAUCGCAGGUAAUGAAAAUGAAAUAACUAUUCAAUAGCAAAUCGAAGCAGGAAUGAGUGCACAAGAGUCUAGUAUUCAAAAGCGAAAGGAGAUGAGGAAACUCCGGUCUUAAUUUUCGUUGCAUAACAUCAAUAAAGCCCAGUCUACUCCCACGAUCAAACAAUUCAACCAGCAUAAAACUCCAUAAGAUGAUCCAAAUUGUAUUCCCGAAGAAACUAAUGAAAUAGGCAGUGGCAAGUUGUCUUCAAAUAAGAAGCAUGUAGAAGUUAAUUAAUUUUAAUUUAAUGAUGAGUGUAAAUGAAAC